ACUCAGCCAGCCAUGAACAAGGCUGUACUCUUCCUCGUCUUUUGUGCUGUCGUCCAUUCCUCCCUAGCAUUGGGAGAGGACGAUCACGACUACCACGAUCACAACACCCCUGGUGCUGAUCCUGGACCCGGACCUCGACCUGGACCGGGUCCUCGACCUGGACCUGGACCUCACCCAGGACCUGGGCCUCACCCUGGACCCGGACCCGAUCCCCACGACCCGAAGAUGGUUUGCAGCCAUGACUUCAUGCGGUUCUGCGCCUUCAGGGUGCCGGACAUGGAUAACUUCGAGCAGAUCAUCCAGUGCAUGCAGAGCCACUCGGCGGACUUGGUCCCCGAGUGCAGGGCAAUCGUGCAGAACAUCUCCGACGACAUUGCAGCGUUCCACACCGCCUGCGAUACCGACAUGCAGGCCAAGUGCCCCGACGCCAUCGGCCAGCCCAUGAAGACCCACGAGUGCAUCAUCGUCAACCUGGCCGACCUCUCGCACGGCUGCCUCGCAGAGAUCUCUACCAUCGCUCAGAAGAUGGAGAAGCACGCGGGCCCACACGGCCCUCCUCCCCGGGGAGUCAUGGAUGCCUACCCUGGCCUCUUCGGGCAGUUCCAGGCCGGUGGCGAGCCGCAUCAGGGCACGAUGUUCAUGAACAAUGACGAGGAUCGCCAAGGGAAGCACCAUGGAUUCAUCGGCAGUUUCAUGUUCGGAGCUGUCGUAAGCGCCCUGGUGGUUGGCAGCGUCCUCUUUGUCAAGAAGGUGAUGAAGAAGAGGCGCGGUUGCUGCCGCCAUGGCUGCAAACCAGCUCUCCAGCAUCCUCCCUUCCCCGGAGUCUGGAUGGAGGGACAUCAGCCUGUCGGUGCUCCGAUUCUUGCGCAGACUGCGGACAAGAAUGCCGACUCUUACCACCAGUUUGCUUAAGAGGAGUCUGAACGUCAUGUCGUGAAGAGGUUUUCUUGAAAUUUUGUGUUGCAACAAAGAAAGCUGUAAUUUAGUUAUCUCCUUGUUUUAUUCUUGCCAUUGAAAUAAGCUUUGUCCAUC